AUGCACAAAAUCAAAGGGCUAACAUCUGCGUUGGGUGCAGUUUUGGUUUUAUCCAUCAUCGCCUUCUUGAGUGUUCAUGUUGAUGCUUGUGGUCAUCAUCGUCAACAACAUCAUAAUGGAUAUCAUCACCAUCAUCACCAUCAUCAUGAAGAAAAUCCAAAAUCAUCCGAUAAGCCUGUAUCUGCCCCACCAAAAUCUGUUUGGGAUAAUUUGGAAAAUAUAAUUACCAAGUCCAUUGCUUCUCAAGCCUUCCCAGGAGCUGUCCUUUUGGUUGCUUCUAAAAAUUCAGGAAUAAUUUAUUCUAAUAGUUUUGGACAUUUUACCUACAAUCAACAAUCAUCACCAAUGACCAUCGGAAGUAAAUUUGAUAUGGCAUCCUGUACAAAGGUUUUGGCAACAACAUCUGCUACUGCAUUGCUUUAUCAAAAAGGAUUGAUUGGAUUGAAGGAUAGAGUUAUUAAAUAUUAUCCUGCAUUUGCUGUUAAUGGGAAGAGUGAAAUUAUGAUUGAAAAUCUCUUAUUGCACAAUGCUGGUUUGCCACCAGAUCCAAAUCCUGGUUAUUCUGCAACUCAAUUUGGUUGUCCUGCUACUUCUGACUAUCAUCCUCCUCAAGUUUUCACUUGUGCAUCAAAGAUUUUCAAUUCUUGGUUGAAUCAAGUUUUGGAAAAUAAGCCAGGUCAAGUUUAUGUCUACAGUGAUUUAUCAAUGAUUUCAAUGAUGUACAUUAUUGGUAAUGUUGUCAAGAAGAAUAUGGCCAUGUUGGAAAUGCAUGAAGGAGAUUUGAGAGUUGAAUGUGUUCAACAAGUUGGUGGAAUAGAUGCUCCAGGUCAUGAAACUUGCUAUUAUGAAGCUUUUGUUAAUAAGCAUGUUUUACAAAAUCUCCAAAUGACAAAGAGUGGAUUCAUUCCAAAACCAGAAGAAAAAUCCAACAUUCCACCAACCUGGUUGGAUACUACCUAUAGACACGAACUCAUUCAAGGUUAUGUCUCUGACGAAAAUGGUUAUGCUUUGGGUGGUAUUGCUGGUCAUGCUGGGUUAUUCACUCCAGUUGUUGACGUCUAUCGUUUGAUGAAUGAACUCAUGUUCAGAGCUAGAGGAAACUUUAUCAAUGAAACCACUUUCGACAUGUUUACAACAGUUAAGAAUACCACUCAAAGUUCAAGAGCUUUGGGAUGGGAUACUAAUUCUCAAGGAAAUGGAACAUGUGGUAGUUUAUCAAAGAAGACAUUCUUGCAUUUAGGAUUCACUGGUACCCAAGUUUGUGGUGAUCCAGAUAGAAAUUUAUUCACCGUCUUUUUAACCAACAGAGUUUAUCCAGAUAAGGAUAACAACAAGAUGGCUCCAGUAAGAAAUGCUGUCAACUCUGAAAUUCAACGAGUAUUCGAUCAAUAUUAUCAUUAAUUUAUAAAAUUUUCAUUUGCAC